GGUCUAAAACGAUAACCCUGGUUGCGGUUGCGUUCCGUGUUUGUCUGUGGCGGUGCGUACACUUUACCGAAAUGUUUGCUUGUAAGUCCUGACAGUUCGAUAAAUUACAGUUACAAUUAAGUGCUAUAAAUAAAAGUGUAACUUAACAUAGGUAAAUAUUACCUAGUAGUUUCUUAUGAUACUAAAAAAAGACGUUUUAUUGAGAUCUAAUUGACUUAUUCCAUAUUAUGUACUAUAAAUCGGGGUUGAUACCAGCUAGAUUUUUAAUUUUAAUUUCCCAUUUUUCGAUUUGUAUAACAUUAUUAUGGAACAGCAAGGAGAGCGCGAGGUCUUGUUUAACGGAAAAGGCAUCAGAAUACAGCAUCCACAGUCUCCGUACAGAGACAUAUCGGUGGAACGGCCAGGAUGGACCAAACUUUUAGUGUUGGCUGGUGUCGCCACUUGCUUAGGCUUGUCCUUGCCAGUGGGAUACAACAUUGGAGUGGUAAAUACACCAGCAGAAGUAAUAAAAGAAUUUAUCAAUGAGAGCUCGUAUACACGGUACGACUCGACAUUGUCCUACACUGAACUGGAGUUCCUAUGGUCCUCCAUAGUGUCCAUUUUCUUGGUCGGCGCAGCAGUGGGUUCACUUGGGGGAUCAGUUCUAGCCGACCGGAUGGGUAGAAAAGGCGUGUUGAAAGUGUGUGCCGCACUGGCAAUUGUUUCAGCACUGCUCUUUUUCGGAUGCAAAGCAGCCAAUUCUAUUGAGAUGCUCGCGUUUGGCCGGCUGUUUGCUGGUCUCUCUGCUGGACUAACGACCACUGUCGCUCCUAUGUAUAUGACGGAGUUGGCCCCGCUCCAUUUGAAGGGCGCUACUGGAGUUCUAUGUCCUUUGGGCGUAACUGUUGGAGUAUUGGUGGGCCAGAUUUUGUCCAUGCGUGGGAUAUUGGGUAACGAAAAUUAUUUUCCUCAUUGCUUGGCGUUCUACGCUUUGCCCGUAUUUUUCUACGUCGCUUCGCAUCGUUGGUUGCCGGAAAGUCCAAAAUACAUUUUUGUGAUUAAGAAACAGCCACAAGUUGCCUUAAGACUGUUGAAAAAGCUGAGAAACGUGAGCGAGGAUCGUCUCCAAGACGAAAUCGAAGAGCUGAAGAUAGAGGAGGAAGAUAACAAAAAAUGUGCUGGCGAAUCUUGGAAUAUAGGAAAAGUUAUAACGGACCGCUCGCUACUACUACCUCUCUUAUUGGUCUGCUGCUUACAGGCGGGCCAGCAAUUUAGCGGGAUCAACGCUGUAUUCUACUAUUCUUCCAAAAUCUUCCACGCCGCAGGUUUGUCUGUAUCCGCCAGUGAACUGGCCACCAUUGGAGCCGGUUGCUGCAACUUUGGCAUGGCUGUGCUUUCAAUUUUCAUCAUGAACACUUUCGAUAGGAGAACUUGCAUAUUACUGAGUCUGGCUUCUUCUAUGUUCUUCUUGGUAGUUUUGGGAGUCGCUAUUCUGUUCAUCGAAUCUUACACUUGGGUACCUUACAUUAGCAUCAUCGGGGUGUUGGGCUUCGUGAUUUGCUACGGUUUGGGUAUUGGUCCCAUUCCGUAUUUCAUAGGAUCGGAGUUGUUCGAGGUGGGGCCUCGACCCAGCGCCAUGGCCUUGGGCAGCAUGUCCAACUGGGCGGGCAACUUCCUCGUAGGCCUGCUCUUCCCUACCAUGCAGGAUUACAUUGGGCCAUCUUCUUUCUUCAUAUUCGCGGUCUUCUUAGUUGCCCUAUUUAUUUUCGUCAGGAAAUAUCUUCCUGAAACUAGAGGGAGAGAUGCUAGUAUAAUAGCAGAAAUCUGCAGCGAUGGUUUUGCAUCAAGACCGUUGGAUGUCAGGAUAAAUGUGGCUCACCGUGCUAGGGUAGAAAAUAAUUGCGACGAAAAACUUGAGGUGUGACCAAUGUGUAUUAUGAAUAUACGAGUAAUGCAUAAAAAUGUUAUUCACAGCAACAAAAACAAGUGUACUUACAUUUCUGGGCUUCCAAUUAAUUGACAAAUAUUUGCGUUUGUAGUACUGAAUUAUUUUUAAUUCUAUUAUGUAUAUAAGAAUUUAAGUUACCUCUAGUGAAUUUUAAUAUUGAAGCAUAGGACCCAUACCGUUUUUUAGGGAAUGAUUUUUAUCCUGUCAAAGACAGGGCCGAAUUAAGGGGGUGGGGCAAGAUUUGGCAAAAUGAAUUUUAGUUUUUUUUUUAGAAUCAAACCAAAAAGAGUAGGUUUUGAAAUUUUAUAUCGACAAGUUCCUGAUUGCGUGACCUUUUUGUUUCGAAUCAAACAAAUAGGUUUUGAAAUUUAAUAUUUUUUUCUCAGAAAGAGGACCUGGGUAGAACGUGUAGCUCCGGACCUCACCAUAGGUUAAAACGGCCCUGGUCAAAGAGAACUUUCAAGGUGAAAAAAUUUAGAACGAAAUUUGUGAAAUAAAAAAUUAAAAUAGGAAUUGCCUAUUCUAAGAUCUCGAAAAGGGUCGUACAUUUGUGAAUAUUUUUCAUCAUAGUCAACUCUUUUUUCAUUUUUAACAAUUUUUUUAUAGUUUAAAUGAUAGAUUCUAUUUCUUAAUCUUCAUAAUGCUGUGGCGUUAUGAAAAAUGGAAAAUUUUGGAAAAAAUACAAAAACAACUGUUCGUAUCUAUUACUUUAAUACAAAAAAAAUAUUUUUCGAACAUAUGUGCAACCCUUUUAGUCCAACUAAAUUUAACUUGGCGAAAAAAAAAUUGGUACCUUGACUUUUAUGAGUGGAAAUGGUAAAAGGACUUAUAAUAAACCUAAA